GAAUGCAAUUUCUCGAUGCAGUUUUGACCAAUCCUUUUGCAACUGGAUUACGGACAGCUCAACUGAAGCCGCCUGGCAGCUGAGAAGCCCUUUCCCUUCUCUUGACCAAGGCCCAACGAGAGACCAUACGACAGGAUCCGGAAGUGGGCAAUUUUUAUUUUUGCCUGGAAGAAUAAGAACUGUACCAGCUCGACUCAUUGGACCGAUGCUUCAACCUGCUGAAGAUUGUCAGAUUCGCCUCUACUUCGACAUCCGUGGAAGAGGACCGAUAUCGCUCCAAGUCAAGACAAGAACUGAAAUAAAUGGAGAAGAGAAAGUUGUGUGGACUAGAGAAGAUCCAACAGAAGGCUACUUUUUCGUGGAAGACAGAAUUACUUUUAAAGAAACAAAGAGUUAUCAGGUGAUUAUCGAAGGUUCUAUUGCCAUAUCUAAAGGAAAAGUAAACUACAUAGCCGUGGAUGAUGUGUCUUUUAACCACAAAUGCGUGCCUCAAAUAACUCCAAUUCCAACGGCUCCACCAGUACUAUCUACACCAACGCCAACAAAGAAAUGCCAGUAUGGUCAGUUUAGAUGCACAAGUAAAGACGAGUGCAUUCCCAUAGCUCAGAAAUGUGACUUUAAAGAAGACUGUUCAGAUGGCUCUGACGAGCAUUUCUGUGGACAAUGUGAUUUUCACGAGGAUAUGUGCGGCCUUGUGAACGUGGCAACUUGGAGCAGCUACAAAUGGCAACGAAAGCAUGCAGAGGACUUUUCUCUAUCUCAGAACACUACCGUUCCAUCGACGGACAGUCAAGGAAACUCUGAAGGAUACUUUGCAGUUCUUACCGGAAAACAAUUCGGUUAUUAUAGUUAUGCAUCCACUAUGCGAACGCCUCCGCUUGGAGCUAUGUCUCAUGCAUGCAAAUUGGAAUUCUAUUAUCAUUUAAACAUAAGAGGAGGAUAUUUGGCUGUGCACGUAAGCCAGAUUGGAUAUGGAAGGAAAAUCAACAAGUUCACACAAAGGACGAAUACUGGAAAAAACUGGCAGUUUGCUUCUGUUCCCCUUGGAAAUUAUCCUGCGGGAAAAACGAUCGAAUUCGAAGGUAACACUAACUUCCAAUCUUACGUGGGAUUAGUUCAAGAUAUCGCUGUUGACAACAUUAAUUACGUCAACUGUGACCCUACAAAGACAUACACUGAAACUCUGAAUUGCACAUUCGAUAGGGACGAGUGUGGCUGGCAUCCAGAUAACAACUUCACGAGCACCACUUGGUCACGAGCAAAAACAUCGAUUCAAAAUUAUGGUCCAAAAGCUGAUCAUACCGGGAAGGGAGGAUAUUUCAUGUACAUAAGAGCAGACACAUACCUGAAAAAAGGCGACAAAGCUCACUUGGUGAGUUUGAAGCAAGAUCCCACCGAAAAACGCUGCUUCAAUUUCUGGUAUCAUAUGUACGGGCAAGAUGUUGGCACUUUGAAUAUCAUCAUCAGAACUGACACAGGAAACAGCACCAUAUGGAGAAAGAGCGACUCUCAGGGCAAUGCCUGGAAACCUGGAAUGAGAACUAUCCGCAGCGGAAAUCCCUAUUCUAUCGUGAUUGAAGGUGUAGUUGGCAGUUUUGCAAGACCUGUUAUAGCCAUCGACGACAUAGAAAUAUAUGAAGAUGAAUGCCCACAUCCAGUUGCUUGCGAUUUUGAAGCCGAUUUCUGUGAAUGGAAUUCAGAAAACUGGAUUCUGCAAAUUGGUGAAGGCAACAUUCCUUCAAAAGACCACACCACGGGCACAAAAACAGGAAUGUAUGCAACGUUAAACGAAAGCACUGGUUCACUGACAAGUCCGGAUUAUAAUCACACAAAGAACGACUUCUGCCUCAAUUUCUGGUACUUCAUCGAGGGAGAUCGGUAUACAAAACUGCAAAUCAUGAAAUCUCAAAUUACUUCGCACGAUUAUACAAAGGUAGUGUGGGCAGAUAUAGGUGAACCAGAUGUCAAGGGCCAAUGGGAACAUUCUAAGGCGAGCAUAACAGAGCUCAAAGACGGAGAUUUUAAUAUCGUCAUUUUUGGGUCUAAGACGAACGAAAGCACAGUUGUUGCUGUAGACGAUGUUGCAAUUGAAGACGGAGUUUGCCCACCAUAUGGUAGUUGCAAUUUUGAGAGAGAUUUUUGCACGUGGAGGAAUUUAGGAUAUCCUUACAGCUCAGGUCUGCGAUGGAUUCGAAACUCAGGGGCGACGACUACUUAUGGCAGCGGCCCUUCAAUUGACGUAACAACAGGCACUGCAGAAGGUUGGUAUAUUUAUGUGGGCGGAGAAUUUGGUCGCGUCGGGCAAACGGCUGUUCUGGAAAGUGAAAAUCUUCAUUAUGCUCCAAAUGCCUGCUUCAAGUUUUGGUAUCAUAUGUACGGAUUAGGCUUCAGUGGAUCGUUGGAAGUUGUAUUCGUCAAUCAUACGGACAGUAAAAUUUACAAAGUGAUGAAAAUUUCUGGCAGUCAAGGUAACAACUGGUAUCAAGUGAAGAGAUUAGUUAAAGAUCUACCACCAACAUAUAAAAUACGAUUUAUCGGCUCUAGAGGUUGGUCUUCAGAUAUAGCCCUAGAUGAUAUAUUUAUUCAACCCGAUUCUUGUGCAGAUCCAGUGGAACCAACGUCCCCACCAACUGACUUCCCUCCGUCAGUCUGGGAUUGUAACUUUGAAAAUGGCGACUUCUGUAGUUGGAAAAAUGGUGAUGCUUGGAUCAUACAAGAUGGAAGAAAAGCUUUGAUUUCAAAACUAGGACCAACACUUGACCACACCAGACAAGAUGCGUUAGGACGAUAUGCUUACUACAAACCAACCAACGAUAGUGGACAUGACCUUACGAGUUCCGAAAUUGACACUUCCAACCAAGAAUACUGCUUCCGGUUUUGGUAUUACAUGCACAGUCCUUCUCCAGUCACUCUCGAAUUGCAUGUACUUCAGUAUAAUCAGGUAACUGGGCCACUGUUGGUAAAGAAAGCAAGUGCAGAUACGAAAUGGAAAUAUGGUACUUUCUUCAUGGAAAAAUCAGUGAAUAUGUCCAUUGUGCUGAGACCGACGAGGAGCGAACUUGGUGUAGGGGACAUUGCAAUUGACGAUAUUCUGGUGAAUGCUGGCCGAUGCCCAAUUUUAAAGGGUUUCCCGUGUGAUUUCGAGUCUGCUGAUAUCUGUGGUUUUAAAAGGGAAUCACCGGAUGGUAUCACAUGGAAAAGACAGCAAGCAAAAGGUGCUAAAGUGGGACCGAAAGUCGACAAAAGUUAUGGCACAGCAGAAGGCCAUUAUCUGAUUGUGUUACCAUCAACUAAUUCCCGUGUUCUUGGAGACAACAAAGCUCGGUUUAUCAUACCCAACGUUCCAAGUUCAGGCUUGACAAGAAGCUGCGUUCGAUUUUGGUACCAAAUGACUGGUGAAAAUGUCAUCGCCCUCCAACUGUAUAUGCGGACGCCUGGAGGAGCUUUGCCACAGUUUCCACUUUGGUCUCAUGCUAGUAAACACGGUAAUGACAGCUGGAGAGUGGGACAACGGACGAUAGAUGCUCCUUACGUGCAUGAGAUUGUCUUCGAAGCGGUUAUGCAGAAAGGAAAUGACGGAUACAUUGCAAUGGACGAUGUCGUUGUAAAAGAAGGAAGUUGCCCACCCCCUGGUUCUUGUGACUUCGAAACUGAUCUUUGUACUUGGCAGAACGCAGAUACUGAUGUCGACCUGGAGUGGGUGAGAAAUAGUGGUUCGACUCCAACAGCUAACACAGGCCCAGAUGUUGACCAUACACUUGGGACAGAAUUUGGUUCUUAUAUAUAUUUGCAAGCCGACAAUCCUGCUAAAAAGAGGAAUCUUCUUGGAGUUUUAAAUUCGGAAUUUUUCAGUCUUUCAACCGAACGCUGUCUUUCCUUUUGGGCCCACAUGAAAGGAAAAGAAAUGGGAUCGCUAAUAGUCAACAUAAGCUACUAUGAUGACAAUCAAGUUAAGAUGGAAAACAGAAGACUCUGGAGAACUGAGGGAAAUCAGGGAGAUAAGUGGUUCAACCGCCAAAUCAAUAUUAACAUCGAUGGAAUGGAAAUGCUGGAAGAAUAUCAGCUUCAUUUCAUAGGUCUGACAAAAGGAGCACUGAGUGACAUUGCCCUAGACGACAUCGAUGUGACAAAUAAAAAAUGCUACGACGUCCCAGACGAUGCUUUCGACUGCAAAGAUGGAACCCACGUCAAUGCCAGCAAGGUCUGUGAUUUCGAACUGGACUGCAUCAAUGGCGAAGAUGAAGCUAAUUGCGGAGAUUGUGAUUUCGAACACGGAGACUGCGGGUGGACUGAUAAAGGUUCAUAUUAUUAUAAUAAAUGGAUCAGAACCCAAGGAGUAGAGGGCACCAAAAAGAAUGGACCAGGCUACGAUCAUACCUUUAACUCAACCACAGGCUAUUUUAUGAUGAUAAAUUCUCAGUACUAUUCUUGGCAAACUUCUGUGCUUCAAAGCUCGGAUGUUCAAUUCAAAAAAUCUUAUGUGUCAUGUUUAAUGAUCUUCUACUACAUCAACGAUGCUUAUGUUUCUGGAUCACUUAGAAUCAAAAAACGUCUGGGCAGCUGGACUCUGGCAACAGUUUGGGAGACUACGUACAGCAACAAUGGAAUCUGGCAGCAGGCAAGGGCUUAUUUAGGAACAACUGAAAGGCCAUUUUACGUAGAAUUUCAGCAUCAGAGCAAUGGCAGAAUGUCUUAUAUAGCAAUUGACGAUAUAACAUUCGAAAGCUGUGGAAUGCCUGCUAAACGAGAAAAAUGUGCAUUAAAUGAAUUCGAGUGUGCAAAUGGUAGAUGUGUUUCACGAUAUUACGUAUGCGAUUUGACUGAUGACUGCGGAGACAGAUCAGACGAAAAUGUGACAUUGUGCUCCAAAUACCCAAAACCCUGCACAUUUGAGAUGUUUGGUGACUGUGACUGGAAAACCAGAGGAAAAUCAAAGAAUAAAUGGAGUGUUCAGAGGUCUUCGUCUUCAAGAGGCACGAGCAUUUCUGGGCCUCUUAAUGACCACACCAAAGGAACUGAUCAAAGUGGAAGUUAUCUAAAACUGAUGCGUUAUUAUACAGAUAACAAAUAUCCCGAAGCCUAUUACCAGAGUCCUAAUUAUCAGAUAAUGAGAGGAUCAUAUUGUUCUCUAAGGUUCUACUAUUAUAUGCAUAACACACCUUUGGCAAGUUUGAAAGUGUACACCGAAACAGAAAAGGACGGUUGGAACUGGCAACUGCGAAUGGCAGGAUUCGGUUCAUAUGGGCAGAAAUGGAAUAGAGCAAUUAUCAACAUCCUGUACUCUCAGCCUUUUCAUUUCAUUAUAGAGGGCAAGCUUGGAAAUUCAACAACGUCUAUACUCGCUAUUGAUGAUAUAUCAGUCAGUAGCGGUUGCCAAAAUUACACCGCAGAUCUUCCCACACCACAGUCGACACCACUGCCAACCGCAUCAGUGUGCACAGUGAACCAGUACAAGUGCAGAUCUGGUGUUCCCCUAUGCAUACCAUUAGAAAAGCGAUGUGAUUUCACUCUCGAUUGUUCGGAUGGUUCCGAUGAAGAAACCUGCGGUCCUUGUUCAUUCGAAAAAGACUUUUGUGAAUGGAAAAAUGAAAGUCCAGGAAAGUUUAGUUGGAGCAGAAAGAACGCCUCCAAUGCUAAUGGCUAUGGUCCUUCAACAGAUCAUAAAAAUUCUUCUGAAGGUUGGUAUGCUUAUGUUCAACAAGGCUUCGGAUACUAUAGCGACCCAGCUAUCUUACAAAGUCCUCCACUCCCGCCAACAUCCAGUCAUUGUGUUAUGGCCUUCUGGUUGUAUGUAAGCUCAACGGCUGGACAGUUUUACGUCGAGCAUAAACCACCCGGUUAUUAUUAUUAUACGUACAGAAAAAUAUGGACUUUACCUAAGCAAACUGAAACGAACUGGCAACUUGUUGAAGUUAGGAUUCCCAAAGCAGAAACUAAAGGAACUAUUGUCAGAUUUCAUAGUGUACCGAACUGGUAUUGGUUCACUCAGGAUAAGAAUGUUGCGAUAUCGGAAGUGAAAUUUAUGAACUGUAACCCAAAAGAACUCUUGGUUGACUGCAAUUUCGAUGAUGAUUCCUUUCAUGACGGAUUGUGCUUUUGGACCCAGAACCCACUGGCCACUCUGAAGUGGAAACGUGGUAAUGGAUCAACAGAACUCAAUUUUACAGGUCCAACAUCUGAUCACACAACUGGUCAUGGAUAUUAUAUGUACAUUGAUCCCCGAGAUUCAUACGCUUAUCAAACAGCACGGCUGACAAGCCCCACCCUCCCUAUGAAUAUUCCUGAAGGAAGUUGUUUUUCAUUCUGGUAUCAUAUGUAUGGUCAACAUAUCGGCACAUUGGGUAUUGAAACAUCUUGGUAUUGGGCCUAUCAAAGAAAAUGGACAAGAAUGAGAUCUCAGGGGAAUAAAUGGAUUUAUGGGGAAGUGGAUAUUAGUAGUUAUCGAGAUUACACCAUAAAUAUCGUUGCAUACAGCUCUUGGGGUAAAGAAAACAAUAUCGCUAUAGAUGAUUUGAAAAUGGUGGACGGAGCUUGCACGCAAACAGGUAUUUGCGAUUUCGAAAAAGAUUUUUGUGGCUGGAACGAUACGUUCGAAGGCAGCACUGGAUGGAUACGUUCACAGGGUAGCGGAAACUGGAGUGUUGAAAAACCUCGAAUUGAUCAUACUACUAAUUCUGAAUUUGGAUAUUUCAUAUACCUUCCAUAUAAGCGUAGAGGAGACUUGGCUAGACUGGAAAGUCCUAUGUACAAAAACUAUGGUGAUAUGUGUGUCAAAUUCUGGUAUAAUAUGUUUGGUAACGACAUUGGUACGUUAGCUGUAUAUCAGAGGACAAAUCAGGAGACUAGACUGGAAAAUUUAAAAAGUUUGUGGAAGAGAUCUGGUGAUCAUGCUGGCGGAUGGAAACUUGGACGCGCAACUAUGAAAUCUCUUCCUGCAUUUUAUGUAGCAUUUGAAGCUGAAACAGGAGUAGGGCCUUUAGGGUACAUUGCACUUGAUGACAUACAUCUCAUGCACGGAGUGUGCUCUGAUCCUGCAUCUUGUACUUUCGAAAUAGACACCUGUGGUUGGAGCAAUUCUGAUGCUUUCGCUGACGUCGACUGGAUAAGGCGAACAGGUGGGGAUCAAAAUAUGGGUCUUGGGCCUUCAGCAGAUCAUAGUACGGGAACUGUUAAUGGACAUUACAUGUAUGCAUAUUUGACAGGAUUAUCUGCUCAGUCUCAGUCAAUGCUUAUUAGUGAAGAUUUGGAAAUCUAUCCUAAUUAUUGCUUUUCAUUCUGGUUGAGCAUGUUCAAUGCUGUGAACUCCUCUUUAUUAGUCCAACAAGUUUUGGUAGGAAUGGGCUGGGAAGGUAUUGCCGAAAUAAAAUCUUCUGACGUAGACAUGAAUAAAUGGAUCCAAAUAGAAACAAAUAUUACUGCAGAGGAUGCUGGAGACUUUUUUCAACUUGGGCUGACAGCGCUCACGGCAAUUGAUCAAGAUAAUAUCACUUCAAGGGGAAUUGCUAUUGACGAUGUAUCCCUGAGGCAACAAAAGUGUGGGCAACAAAUAAUCACCACACCGACACCUACGACUACUACCACAGCUUAUCCUCCAACUAAAUUCGACUGUGACUUUGAAACUGAUUUUUGCCUGUGGGAAAAUAAUGCCGAUUCAACUGCAAAGUGGGAGAUUAAAGAGGGUCACUCUGACAUUAAACUGACACGACCCAGGACAGAUCAUACGACACUAUCGACUAGUGGACAUUAUAUCACAUUAAAUGAUGCUUCAAAGAACUAUUAUUGGUCCAAAGCUACACUCACUAGCAAAGAUGGAUUUGAUCCCGAUGAGGACGGCAUAUGCUUUAAAUUCUGGUAUCACAUGUACGGCAAUCAACCAGGUACAUUGUACUUAAAAGUCCAAAACUUCCAUGACGAAGACAAACUUGAAACCGUUUGGACAAAACCAAAGUCUCAAGGACCCACGUGGAAAUAUGAACAAAUACAUAUUGCCAGAGAUUAUUAUUUUAAGUUAGUAUUCGAAGGUGAUGGAACAAGAUAUGGAGACAUUUCUUUAGAUGACUUCUCAGUGAACUUUAAAUCAUGUCCUCCAAGAGAUUUUUGUGAUGUAGAACAAGACUACUGCGGAUUCUCCCACGAUCCAGAAGGAGACUUUCAAUGGCGUAGAGGAAAUGGAUCUCGCACAAAUGGUCCGGAUAUUGAUCAUACCUAUGGUACUCUGUUUGGAAAUUAUUUCUAUGUAGACACAAGCGUGCCCACUUCUAAAGGAAAAGUAGCCAGACUCGAAUCCCAGCCUUACCGACCAGAAAAGAAAUGCAUGCAGUUCUGGUAUUAUCUGUAUGGGGAAAAUGUCGGUACAUUAGAAGUCUUAGUACGAAAUGGUGACAAUAAAGAUAACAUGUGGAAGGAAUCUGGAGAUAACACAGAAUUUUGGCAUGGUUCUGAGGUGCUCUUGAAAAAAGAACUUGCAACACCAUACAGUUACAUAUUCCAGGUAACUGCUGGAUCGGCUUUCAGGAAUGGUACAAUAGCUAUUGAUGACAUUGAUGUGAGAGCAGACUGUCCACCACUGGGUUCCUGCAAUUUUGAAGACGGAAUGUGCCUCUGGACAAACGACCCGUACGCCGAUCUUCAGUGGCUUCGAGGCUCAGGAGAAUUAACCGAUUCUGCUCCUGCAUAUGAUACCACCUUAGGCACCCAAUUCGGUGUUUAUUUAUAUGUACAUGUUGUCAAUCAAUGGAAGUCAGAUCCUUCACCGGCUCGCCUAUUCUCCCCUUACUUCCAUUCUGACUCUAAGCGUUGCAUUAAUUACUGGAACUUCCGAAACGGAACUGAUUUCAAUGGAGAACUAACGAUCUCUGUGUAUGAUGAUGACACCGACGAAAUGACCAUCGUUCAGCAUUUCAGUCAAGAAAAACUCGGUCGAUGGAACAACGAACAGGUACAGAUAGACAGAGACGAGGAUGAAGGAAAAUACCAGAUCAUAUUCGAAGCAGAUUUGACAUCAUCUUUAAACCAUUUCAUUGCCAUUGACGACAUUUCUGUGACUGAGGGUGAAUGUACUCCCAUCGAAGAUAGGCCGCCUGACUUUACUUGCGACGAAGGCAAAACGCAUAUACCGGACGAACUGCGCUGCGACUUUUAUGUGGACUGUAAAGAUGGAACAGACGAAAGCGAGUGUGGAACUCACUGUGAUUUUGAGGACGAAGGGCCAGAUCCUUGCAAUUGGAAAACUACUACCACACGUCAAACUUCCUGGAACCAGACCUUAGCCAAUGGAACAGCUGAACCCGAUCGAGAUCAUACUAGAAACAAUCCAGGCGAAGGGCAUUAUAUGAAAAUUAACUACCUACAACGUUAUGUAUAUAGGGGUCAAGCAGACCUCAUCAGCCCUGCUCUCACUGAGUCCUCACCUUCUUGUAGAAUGUUCUUUUGGUACUACUUCUAUGCAGUUUAUCCCACCGAAGCCUUAUCUGUCUUGUAUGAUUCUGGUCACGAAAGCACCAGAACUACACUGUUCCGUUUAGAAGGAGAUCAAGAAAGGGCCUGGAAACGAGCAGAAGUGGUUUUGGGUAGGAUCCGAAAACGAUUCCGUGUUAUAAUCAACGGAGAUAAGAAAUCCAUGACGGGUGUUAUUGCCAUUGAUGAUGUGGAUUUCGAGAAUUGUGACAUCCCAAGAAAACUAGAUAAACCUAAAAAAUGCGGAGAUGACGAAUUUCAGUGUGAUAAUGGAAACUGCAUAUCCAACAACUUAGUAUGUGAUUUUGUUGAUGACUGUGGGGAUUACAGCGACGAAAAUCGGCUAAAAGCUAGUUGCGAUUUGUACCCUGGACGUUGCGAUUUUGACGAUAAUAAUUAUUGUAGCUGGAAACGAACUUUAGAAAGUGAUUACACUUGGCAAAUUAGCAAGACAAACCUCGAAAGUUAUUUUUAUAAGGUUUUUGUUCCCAGAGAUCAUACUCGGAAUUCCAAUAGUGGAAAAUUCUUAUAUUGCAGCAACAGAUAUCGCACCAAAGGUAAUGUAGCUCGUCUGUCGUCGCACGUUAUGGAAGUCAAAGAUAGUACUUGCAAAUUAAGAUUCUUUUACACAUACGGAACUCAAUUUAAUUCCACCAAAUAUGACCAAAUGAGAGAUAUCGGCAGUUUGACAGUUUACAUUAAGAGAGACGAAGUUAACGUAUGGAAAUCCAUAUUUGUUGUUCGAGAACCGCCAGGCCAAUAUUAUGAAAAGGUUAUUUUGCCUCUGAGUGAUAUUAAAGAUCCAUUUGAGGUUGUCAUCGAAGGUAAAGUCGGCAGCACAUCCAAGGAAGGAGGAUGGGCUGUUGACGAUGUAUCUUUCACAACAGGUUGUAUUGAAUCCGAAAAAAUAUUACCCAUCACUCUCAUUGAACCUACUCCGACGCCAGUUGAUAGCUGCCCCGAGGGUCAGUUCCUCUGUGCCUCUGAUAAAAUCUGCAUAAAUAUAGAAAAAGUGUGCGAUUUUGUACACGAUUGUUCCGACUCGUCAGAUGAAGCUAAAUGUGGAACGUGUACAUUCGAUGAUGACAGUAAUCCAACUUGUGGCUGGAACGACGCAAAAGGCGGGAAGUGGAGAAGAACAACAGGCGCACGGGGUAAAAACGGACUUACUUCUGAUGUUAGUGGAUCUGGAUAUUACAUGUACGUCACAAAAGAAAGAACAGGAGCAGUCAGUAGUCAGGCGGUGCUUCGAUCCGUUGAUUUCCAUCAAGCUUCGGCAACUUGUGAAGUAAAGUUCUACUACUUCAUGUCUGGCAUCGUAAACAGUGAUGCUUCUUUGAAAUUGCAGCUGCAAACAAACAAAAAGCAAGAUGUCAUGCUAUGGAGAGAAAUUUCUGAUCAAGGUCGGAAUUGGCAGAAUGCCACGGUUAGCAUAGGACGAAGAGAAGCUGGAUGGCACUUGGAUUUCAUAGCAACUCAUGUUUUGAGUGAAGGAGAUAUUGCCUUAGAUGAAAUCGAAUUUAUGACAUGCGCGCCUCCAGAAAAAAGAAAAUGCGCUAAUAAAGAAGAAUUUGCUUGUUUAAGUGGAGAGUGUAUCAACAAAACAUUGGUGUGCGAUUUCAGCUUAGACUGUCCCGAUGGUUCUGAUGAAACUAAUUGUUCUGAUUAUCUAGAAAGAUGUGAUUUUGAAAAAGGUAAUAUGUGUGGCUGGACUCAAGAUGAAAAGGCUACCCAAAAAUGGGUAUUGACAUCAGGAAGAAAACUUGCCGAAGGCACUGGUCCUGAUAGAGAUCAUACCAUUGGUGACGAAACAGGGCAUUUCCUAAUGGCGAAUAGGGGAACAUCAUAUUAUUACUAUUAUAGUGCCCGAAUAACAAGCACCGCUUUUAUGGCUGACACCUCAGGAAAUUGCCGUUUAAGAUUUUGGAAACAUCUCUACAAACCAUACACGAGCAGUAUCACAGUCUAUUUACAACUAGCAGAUGAUACCCGUCUCCGACAGGUCAAUAAAAUGUAUGGUACAUCUGGAGAUGAAUGGGAAAGAGUUGAAGUGCCACUGAAAAGCAAAUUUAACUUUCACGUAGUCAUAGAAGGUUCUCCUAGUAGUGGUCUUAAAGGUGAAGUAGCAAUAGAUGAUAUAUCCUUUUCACUUGAAUGCAUUCCUGUGUAUACGAUAAUAACAACACCCAUACCGACAGUCCAACCUCGAGGAGUCUGUAAGAGACUGGGAGAGUUUACUUGCGAUGAUAAUUCUUGUGUUCCUUUUGAUGUAGUCUGCGAUUUUAAAACAGAUUGUCCGCACGGAGGAGAUGAAAAAAGUUGUCCUGCUUUUUGUGACUUCGAAUUAGGGUCAACUUGUGGAUGGACCGCUAUAACAAGAGCUGGUGAUGGUGUAGAAGUCAAUGUUACCAUCGCAGAAUUCGCCAAAGAUAUCUCACCAGACGCUCCUAAAGUAGAUAAGACGACUAACAGCAGUAAAGGAUCAUACUUAAUUAUACAUACAAGUUUAGAAACAGAAACUGGCCCCAUAGACGAGUAUAAAAGUCCAUCGUUUUCGUCAUCUGCCUCAACCUGCAAAUUUUCCUUAUGGUAUGCUUGUAAAAAAAUAUUCUUGCGGCCUGUCAUUACUCUAAACACCGCAAACAGUACAAUGGAUAUGGUUUCAAUUACAGCCUCAAAUACAUGGAAACGUGAAGAAAUUGGUCUCGGGCGACGAACAAGCAACUUUUCUAUCAGCAUUAACAAAAAAUCUGGCAUGAGCCGCUGGGAUUACUUGGCACUCGACGACAUAGAAUUUGUAAACUGUGCUCUUCCUAAGAAAGAAACGAAUAUUUGUGGCGGGUUCCGAUGUAAAAAAACAAAAGCUUGCGUAGACGACUCUCGUGUUUGUGAUGCUACCGACGAUUGUGGUGAUUCCACCGACGAAGAAGCCUGCUCUGAUUUAAAUUACCACAUUACAGACUUCGAGAAUGGAUUUGGUAUUUUCAGGCAAGUUAUGAAUGAGCCUUACGCACCUCUUUCUUGGACUAUAAAUAAAGGACCGGCUCCUGGUCACGUAAAUGCGAGGGUUGGACCACCUUUUGACCACACUCUGUCCGAUCCUGAAGGUCACUAUCUUAGCAUGACAAGAGGUAGCGUAGGCGCACUGAAUGAAAAAGCUUGGAUAAUUUCUGAUGUUUUGCAGAGCAUUGCGAAGGAAGAUUGCCAGAUGAGAUUCUAUUACUUCAUGUAUGGAGACAAAGUAAACCAACUCAAUGUGUUUACCAUUACGGAAACAAAAGGACAGUUGUAUCCAAAGUGGACUCAGACAGGCGAAGUUGGAAACUUCUGGAUGAGAGCAUCAGUGACCUUCAACGAAAGUGUUCCAUUCCAAGUCAUCUUUGAAGGUAAAGGCGGUGUCACCACAAACGAUCUGAUUGCAGUUGAUGAUAUAUCAUUCACUCCAGGAUGCAAGCACUUGAAGGGAGUAACAUUCCCUCCCGUCACAGUAACUGGCACUGGUUCAACGACCACUCCUAUGCCUACUGGUUGUAAGCCUGAUGAAUUCUUCUGUGUGGAAGAUAAAGUAUGCAUCCCGGGAAUAAAAAGGUGCGAUUUCCGUGAAGACUGCCAAGAUAAGAGUGAUGAAGCUGGUUGCGUGAAAAGCUACUGUGACUUUAAAGACGAUAUGUGUGGCUGGGAUAUACUCCAUAAGAAUAAAAACAUAACUAGAGCAAAGAGGCAAAUUGAUGAAGAAAGUGUGUUUAGGUGGAUUCGCAUUCAAACUAAAGACGAACAUACCAAGAUCAAUCUGAACUACCGACCUAAAGUUGAUCAUUCUACCAACUCAACUGAUGGAUGGUACAUGCUGGCAGAUGGUGCUCCGGGACGGCAAGGGGAUGUUACGUCGCUUGUAACUCCCAGGAUUUCUGCUACGCAUUCCCAUUGCGCUGUCGACUUCUGGUUUUUCUGUGGAGCGUGGACCUGCUCAUUAAAUGUUUACACUGGCAAAGAAGGCACAAAAAUGCAACCUGCGUGGAAAGCCGAAUUAGCUAUAUAUGGAAGAGGUUUUAGCAAAAAGUGGAUGCACGCCAGAGUUCCUGUCAGCGCUUUGACCGAUUUCCGGGUGUGGUUCGACAGUGUUCGCCCCUAUACGUACACCAAUGCUGUCUGCUUGGAUGACGUUUCGUUCAUGAAAUGUGCUCCACCACCUACCGUAGACUUAGAGAAAGAAGUUUGUGCCAAGGAAUACUUUUCUUGUACCAAUGCAAAGUGUGUUGAAGAGAACUUGCGUUGUGACUUCAGUGACGACUGUGGCGAUUUCAGCGAUGAAAAGGAUUUUGUGUGUCAGGCGUACCCUGCCCGUUGUAACUUCGAUGGUGCCCCGUGCGCACACUGGCACCUGGAGCAAGAUGGUUAUGCUGCCUGGGGUAUAGAAACCCCCAAGACCUCACUUUUUGCCAACUCACCUUCCACCGACCACACUACGAAAAGUGCUGCAGGCAAAUUCCUGACAGUUGGGUCUGGAUACGUAAAUCGCGACAAGAAACCCAAAAUAAGAUCUGAUACAAUAGAUGGUAUCUCCAAGGGGUGCAAGGUACGCUUCUGGUACAAUAAUAUAUUCGCGAAUAACCCCUUGCGAUUAUACAAGAGAUUAAAUUACAAUUCGGAUGGUAUGGAAUUCUUGAUAGAAUUUGCAGAUGACGUCACUAAUUUCUGGCACCGAGCUGAGCAUGAAAUUGGCAAUUUGGAUUCACAAGACUAUCAGAUUGUGAUUGAAGCAGCACUAUCAGGAACUUAUGGCAGCGUUAGCAUCGACGACAUAUCGUUAACACCGGAAUGUCAUCUUGCAUUAGACCGUGAUAUACCUGGAAAACCAACUACUCCUCCUCCCAUAGAUGACUGUGCCCCUGAAAAGUUUUCUUGCAAGAACAAAAAGUGUUAUACUCAUCUCCAAAGGUGCAAUUUUAUAGAUGAUUGUGGCGACGGAACUGACGAAGAAGACUGUGGUACUUCUUGUGAUUUCGAGAAUGGAACAUGCGGAUGGUUUAAUGCCUUUGGAUACAAAGGAAAGUGGACAAUUAGACAAGGAAAGACUAGCUAUAACAUAAAAACAGAUCACACAUUAGGAACCAAGGAAGGUCAUUACUUGACCCCCGUGAGUUUCGUGAAUGAAGUUGCCCAAUUACAUUCCAAGCCUUAUGUGAUAUCUGGAGCCAAUUGCAAGAUGUCCUUUUGGUACUACAUAGAUGGUUACAACCCCGGUGAACUUUCCGUUAUGAUAUUGCAUAAUAAGAAAAACAACAAGAACGAGGUACUAUGGAAAGAAUCUAAGCCCCAAGGAAAAGAUUGGAAGGAACAGGUCGUCGACAUCAAAACACAGGAACACUUCAGCAUAGUUUUCGAAUCAACACAGGGAUCCAGUUACUCUAAAGCCUUGGCUAUUGAUGAUAUAAAAUUCAUAACGUGCGCCUCAACUCAUCCUCCUGUUGAAUGCUCGAGUGACGAAUGGAUGUGUGAAGACAAAUUAAAAUGCAUCAAAGUUUGGGCUCACUGCGACGGAAAGUACGACUGUGAUGACAAGUCUGACGAAUAUAAGUGUGAACCUCAACAUGGCGACUGUAAUUUUGAUUCUGAAAACUGGAAGGACGAAUGUGAAUGGGUGUCGAAAGAGUUAGAAUUUGAGUGGUCCAGGGCGAAGGAAGGCCGAAGUCCGGAAACUGGGCCCGAGAGAAACCAGAAUCCCAGACAGGAAGGUUAUUUCUUGUACAUUGAUUCCUCCAAAGCAUCGGAAGGCGAUCGAGCUGGUGUCAUGACACCAGUAUUCAAAGCUAGUGAAGGCAAAUGCUACCUCCGCUUCUGGUACUUUAUGAAAGGGUCUCAGACACUUGGAAAAUUAGAGGUUCUCAGCGAAGGAGAGAAUGGACAAAUAUUUCCACUAUGGGUCAAGUCUGGUCCUCAAGGUGACAAAUGGAUGUACGCUUACGCUGCAGUCGGCAAUCCUCAAACGUACAGAGUUGGUUUCAUCGCUCAUAGAGGUGGUGACAACAGGACUGACAUCGCCAUCGAUGAAGUUAAAUUCACAUACCGAUGUGCUGAAGGAGGUGAAGCAAUUGUGCCAACCGGACCAACAUCUUUGUGCGGCAAGGAUGAGUUUAUGUGCAAGUCUCGAACCCAGUGCAUACCUAAAGAAUGGAGAUGCGAUUGUGCCUACGACUGUGACGAUGGAAGCGAUGAAGAAAACUGCCCGGUUCAGUGCUUCACUACAAGACCUCCAAAACCUCCCAGCAGUAUCACGCCAUAUAUCGAGCCCACAGGAACACCUAUACCACAGAAGCAUUGUCCUGAGGGCCAAAAACUUUGCGGUGAUGGCAAGACGUGCAUUCCUGGUCUUCUACUAUGCGACGGAGUUCCUGAUUGUCCAGAUGGUUCAGAUGAAAAAUAUGGAUGCGGAAAUGCACGGCUGUGUUCAGGAAAGUUCUAUUUCUGUAUGGAUCGUGCCUAUCCCCCCUGCGUGGCAAGAGAGAAGCUCUGCGAUGGAGUAAAAGACUGUUCUGAUGGAUCGGAUGAAAGUAUUUGUGACAAAUGCCCGCAAACAUUCUGUCAAAAUGGAGGAAAUUGUUCCAUUGUUAAACGGGCUCCAGUUUGCAAAUGUAAACCUGAGUAUGCUCAAAACAGAUGUUAUAAUUUAAUUGAAACUCCAGACCUGGAACAGAAAGUGCAAUAUUCUCAGGGGAAUGUUGGCUGGAUCAUAGGUGUGGUCAUAGGAACUAUUCUUCUCAUAGCAAUCUUGUUUAUUAUAUGGUAUAAGAAAAAUACAAAUGCUGAAAGAACAAGGCUAGCACAUGCUGUAGAUAAUCCAGUGUAUGGUCUAAACUUAGAUACAUUAACAUUUGGUGAACUCAAUACACAUAUGCCAGUUAGGCAUGAAGAUGGUGCUGAAACGACGGCAAUAGAAAAUCCUCUCUAUGCUUUCAAAUCAGAUAUCAAAUGAGAGGAAAAGUUCACACCACAUUUCCUUCAUCACUUUAUUACAUCUUACAUAUCUUCUCACAAGAACAUUGAACUUUAUCACAACUCAGUGUGUAUGUGUACGUGUAUUACAUACGUAUAGCUAAUGAGCUUCAGCAGACAUGCAACUCUGCUUUGUUCAGAUUUUCUGUGAUCAUCUUGUAAAAGUUUUCUGAAUAUUUGUUCAAAUAAAUUACUUGUUUUCCUUA